AAAGCGACUAUACAGUAAUUGACGAGUUUGCUGCCUGCAGUUAAUGCGUAAUCUAAGUCCUUCGGAACUUUUUCUAUUUCACAGAGGGAAAUCAAAAGUUGAAAAAUAAAUGAAAACAGAAGUAAUCCGUGAAAUAAUAACACCUCCGGCAAGCGGGUGCCACACCUUUAUCAACAGCGCAGCAGGCCACUGACAGGUGUCGCUGCAAAAUGCCAUGAGUUUUAACACACCUGUCUGAUCGCCAACUCUUCGUCAGCGCAAACUUCGGUUACAACUUCCCGACAUCAGAGGACAUCGCACACCGCUCACCUGUAAACCCUUCAGUGAAGCAGUCUGUUUUCAUUUAUCGUUACAAUUACCGACUUCGUGGAUGAGUGGGUACUCUCUCUUUUCGAGUUUUUAACGGGAAGGAUUUUGAAGUGAAAGAUGAGUCGAUGAACCGUCCCUUGAUGAAACUGUAACGCAAGCACCUGAGCCAAGGUCCGACACUACGCUGACCAGAUGGGGUGCCGAUGCUGUAGGAUGAUAAAAAGCUACAUCUAUGAUCCGUCUGUUCCUGUGGAUGUCCAUGGAAGAAAGAGGGACACUGCCACUACCACCUUGUACCAGGGGAAACCCCGGGAGGCCGAAAACAUGCACAAGGUGCAGGGCUUUCACAACCUGGGCUACACCCACAAGUAUGCGGAUGGUGUGAAACAGGGCACAGCCAAACUGGAAAUCGACAAUAACCAGAUCAACCGCCUGCACGCGGCUCCCAGCGAGAGGACCCAGGACCACACGCUAAAAGUGGGCACAGGGGACAGCACACUCUACAUCCUGCACCCCGGGGAGAGUCCCCUGAAGUGCGCCCCGCCCGGCCACACCCCUCUCCCGGAACACAACGCUCUUCAGUGCAGCUCACCCGGCGUCACCUUCGAGAGGCUCAAUGAUCAUCUGAUCGGCAGGACCCCCCAGGCGAACGGAGACCCCUUCUCGCGGAGAGGCCACGGGUCUCCGCACUCGCAGUGCGGGGACGAGGCCGACGCCGACAGCGUCCUCUCGGGCCGGUCCGAGGAGGUCCACACCAGCACCACCAGCCUGUCCUCCGCCGACACCCGGGAGAGACCCCUCCAAACGGCCGGGGAGAGCCGCGGUUCUGAGGGAGAGGAGGAGGAGGAGGAUGAAGGUGACAGCGGGAGCAUCACAGACUCUGAGGUGGCGGAGGCGCUGGCGGCCCUUGAUGCAGCGACCGCUGGUGAAGACUACGAGUGACCCCCCCGCCCCCCCAUCCCCAUGCCACUGACGCUGUACACUGUACACAUUUAGGUUUUAAUCCCUUUGAAAACACUUUCUCCUUAUCCCCCCACCCCCCAUGGGAUUUUUAAAACUGGCCUUUAUUCAUUUUUAUUUUUCUACAACCUGUCCUCUUCAGAUUCAAGAAUCCUCCCCAUGGAAAAUGAAAGGAAAAAUGGUUUACAAAGACAUUGACGUGUUUCCGAUCACUGAACGUUAAUCCUUUUUCACCUGAGGUUACGCACUGUCGGAUGAAGGUGAAGAUGUUGCCAAGGAAACCACCACUGUAGUGGUUUGGUUGAAAUUCCAGUUUCUGCACAGGGAGAGGAACUGCGUGCGGCCAUGACUGAACACUCUCUGGCACAUGGCUCGGCUGUUUCCUCACACCCUGAGGUUCCUUGUAACACUGCGGUUUAUCGUGUGACCAUGGGGGACUCUGCACAAAGUGUCUAUUUUUGUAUCUGACCUGAUGUUAUGUACAUGAUUUUGUACCUAUAUCAUUGUGCUAUUUAUGUCUUCACACCAUGACACUCAUUACUGUAGCAAUAUGUGAAUUCAUGCAAGGGGCAAUUUCUUACCUCAGAGUUCCACAUAAAAAACAGAUAAAUUAUGAUGCCAGAUAUGAGAAGAAAAAAACUACU